CAUGGCAUGCGGUCCCUGGAUUUAGUGGAAAGUUUAAGGUGGUUCCUGCUUUUCAUCUUGCUGGGGUAGGCCAAACCCUUCUGUGACCUUGAAAAGGAAGUUGCAUUUAUUGAAGACAGAUGGUUGAAGGGCAUAAUUAGGGUAACCAGGAGGGAUGGUACAUUACGUCAGCAGCAGUAUUACUAUAACUGGAGCUUUGGAAAAAACAACAAAGGAUGCUGCGGACAUUUGGGACCGACACAAAGAGAGUAAAAGUUGUCAGAGACAUGCAUCCACAGUUCCACCAGCUCCUGCCAGCUUCCUUGUCCCAGAUAGGGAAACAGGAUCCCCACAACAUGCUUCUGCCAUCACCACAAUUCACAGUGGAGCUCAUCUGAUCAGGACUGGCACGGAGAGAAGAGCUCAUAUAUACAACGGAAAGCUAAAGAAGCCUGUUUAGAAUAAUUGGCAGAGGAGAGAUGACCAAGGAGACAGAGACUGUGGGACUGGUCUUUCAGAACGAGAACUUCAGCUAUAACCAUCACACAAACUACAUCAUGGAGUCUUGGCCCUACCUGGAAUCCCUGAAUCCUGAGUCGAACCACUCCAAACCAAGACUCAACCCUGGAGAAACCAUGACAGCCCUAACAAUGCUUCAAGAGCAGUGCAGGAAAGAGCAGAAACCUGCAUUAUUCAACCGCAACAACUGCAAACCAAUCGAGAGGACUCUGACCAACACCAGUGACCCUUUAAUGAAGAUCCUCUCUGAACUCGUCCCCACUUCCCAUUCUCAGGAGGUUGGGAAGUCGAUCUCCUCCCUGCCCAUUUCCGCUCCCAGCUCCUCAGACACGUAUGCCACCCUGAACAGCGUUGUUCCAGACACGUACGACAAGCAGGAUCUCAGCAACAUCUUCGACCUGAUGCAGAAGUGGUCAGAACCUAGUGCGUUCACUGACCCCAACGCUGAGAGUCUUCACUAUAGCGAUCCAUUUCCUGAAAGCCACUCCAGCCCCGUCUACUCAGGUUCAUAUGCCAGCUCCUCUCCAGAGAGGCCCAGGAACGACUUCCAAUUUAUCCUUGGAUCUCCUGCUGCAUCGUCUCACAAGUCCAGCGAGUUACCGAUGGUAUACCUGAACAAAGGCCAGUUCUACCCUAUCACUCUGCAGGGAGUAGACAGCAGUGCCUGCCUCACAGCCACCAAAGUCAAGACGGUGGUGAUGGCUGUGUUUGAGAAUGACAAAACCCCAGAAAUGCAGCUUCGCUUCUGGAAUCACUGGCAUGCGCGCCAGCCCACUGUCAAGCAGAGGGUCAUUGACAUCGCCGACUAUAAAGAAGUUUUCAGUGGCAUCAGCAAUGUAGAGGAGGAGGCCUUCAACGCUUUCUCCUUUGUGUGGAACCCCAACGAGGAAGCGAAGAUCUACAUUGGGAUAAACUCCUUGAGCACAGACUUCUCCUCUCAGAAAGGAGUGAAAGGCCUACCUUUGAACCUGCAGAUAGACACCUACGACAUAAGUUCUGGAAGACACCACCUCAUAUACAGAGCUGCCUGCCAGGUCAAGAUUUUCUGUGAUAAGGGUGCAGAGAGGAAGAUGCGCGAUGAAGAGAAGAAGAGAUCCAAGAGGAGGGGAAAGAACACUAAUGAUGCAAAUGCCAAGUCUGUUGUGAGUAGCUCCAUCAGCUCUGAGUGCACUUUCUUCAAAUCUCUGGACGACCUCGUCACCCAGCCAGUUUUCUUCAUCCCAGGGACACACCUCACCAGCUUACAGCGCAUGGCCACUCCUAAGGAUGACACUGAAAGGAGUUGUCUGAAGAGGUUGUAUCCAGACAGAGACCAGAACAGCUCUCCUCCCAACAAACAGACACGCAGAGAAGACCCACAGAGAGUUCUGCUGUACGUGAGGACUGGUACUGAGGAGGUGUUUGAUGCUCUCAUGCUCAGCUCACCGACGCUGUCAGGCCUGCGAGAAGCUAUUUCCGAAAAGUACGGCUUGCAAAAAGACACCAUCGGGAGAAUCUGCAAAAAAUGCAAAAGAGGAAUAUUGGUCAACAUGGAUGACAACAUCAUCGAACACUACAGCAACCAGUCAGCUUUCCUCAUCGAGAUGUCCGAGGUGGCAGCCGGUCAGCUCCAGAUGACUCUGGUUGAAGUAUAAAGUCCCCUGAAGGAAGAAGAAACGCAGCUGCCAUUGAAGCUAACUUUAAAGCACUGCCAUAGCAGAGCUGUGGACUGCCAAAAACCAAGAACUGGAACUAAACGGACCUCUCCAGAUUUUCAGAUGAAAAUGUUUAAACCAUUUCUUGAAUUUGUAAAUCCCAGUCUGCCCAGUUCUUAUGGUGUGUUUAUUUGAGUAGAAUAUUUUAAUGUAAAACAUUUAUAACUUGCAUGUACAUAGGUGUAAAUAGAUUUUAAUAUUACAGUGUUUUAUGAGCUUGAGACAGUUUGCCUUGGAUUUCAAUUUUUAUUUUUUGAGCUCCACACAACUUUUUUUUUUUUUUAGCAUUUUUAAACGUUAAUUUUGCUGCUUUCAGUCUACCCAUCAUUUCUUCUGGAUAUCCACUGGUGUGUUUUCUUACCCACAAUCUGACCUUUCUUGCGCUUUUCAAGGCCAAGUGUCUUCCUGCUAGUUUCCCAAGAAAAAAUGUCCAAAUAGUCAGGUUUUAGUCGGGACCUAAAGUCAGACAUUUCCACAAAGAAAAACCACAAACGUUUUAGUAUUGGCCAAUUUUUGUUAGCCCAAAGCUUUGGACAUUUCCCGACUGUAUAGUAUAACUUCAUGGAAGGAGUUAAAAUCCCCCAAAACUUUAAAGAGGAGACUUUUAAGUCACGCAUGUGUGUGGGGAAAAAAUUGUUUAAUUUCUUUUACAUAACGCAUCAUUUCAAAGCAACCAUGUAUCCCUCCAUUAUUUCAUUACAGCACCAUGGCUAAACAGUCAUAUUUGAUACAUACUUCCUCUUUUUUUAAAGAAAAUAAAGAAAAUGGAAAAAG